AUGACUACACAACCUCAAAGCAUCAUUCCUUUACCCCUGUGGGUUCUCGUGCCGCUAGGAAUUGUCGUUAUUCCUACCCUCCCCUUCGUCUUAGCAUACUCGAAAUCCAAAAAGAAGUUCGAGGACUGGAAAAAGAAGGCUCCGCCCGUUCGCCCAGAAUAUGUAUUAGCACCACCAGGUGAUCAGGUCUUACAUGUUGCGGCUAUCUCCGGUCGUCUCUGUGGCAUCCGAUGCUACGAAACAGACCCCUACGCGACCGGCGUGGAAGCACGAAUGCUGGAAAUCCUCUGA